AUGGUGUACCACCUGGCCAACAACCUGCUUGCAGGAAGCGACACAACGGCCAUUUCCCUCCGUGCAAUCAUCUACUUCCUUAUAAAGUACCCCCAUGCGUAUCGUAAAGUCACUGCAGAAAUUGACGCAGCCGAUGCCGGCGGCCAGCUCUCCCAGUUUAUUACUUAUGGGGAAUCCCUGGAGCUCAAGUACCUUCGCUCCAUCGUGACAAGUUCUCACCACCGCCGACGUUCGUCUACAUCCGUCCCUCCCCUCCGCCUCGUCAAAGAGCCCCAACUACAACAACCACGCGAUUCGUCUUGGGGCGAGGGCAGCACCUCCGGUCUCCCCGCCGGUCCGAAUUCCGUGCGCCCUACAACCCUCGCCCCGAUCCCCGGCACACCCUCAAACCCACUGCCAUCGCCCAUGACACUCUCGCGAUCCCCCUCGCCCUUACCGGGAGGAGGAUGGUCGAGUCCCGGCCUGGCUCCAGGUAGCGGCGCCACGAGCCCGCGCUACCCAACGACAGGACACGGGUCUUUAAGUCCGGGAGCAAUCUCGUGGGCGAGCGCAAAGGCGAAAAGCGACGAGGUGAGGAGCUAUCCGUCAUUUUCGACAAGGAAUUCGGGAUUCUUUUCGAGACAGAAGCACAAGAUAUCCGCGAGUUUGCCAAGGUUUUCGUUGUCGAGAGAUUUCAGGGAACAGGAGAAGUUGGGUCGGGGACGGUCGUCGGGAUGGAGGGCGAGAGAUAAUAGCCUCAAAGGGAGGCUGGUGUCGCUUGUCGGAAAUGCGAUGCGGAGGAGGAGGUUUAGGUUUUUGCUUUCGUUGCUGCUGGGAUUGGUGCUUUAUCUGAAUUUUUGGUCUGUCCUCGUUGAAGCGUAUCGAGGCUCUGCAUUGGGCAACGGAAGAAAGAUCGUCAUCAUCACCGCCUCAAACGUGGAAGGCGGCGUCAUGGAAUGGAAGGGAGCACGUGAAUGGGCAAUUGAGCGAGUCAGUCUAUGGAAUAAGAAAAAAUACGCCAAGAAAUGGGGAUAUGAGAUUGAAAUCACGAAUAUGGUGGCUAAAAAGCGAUAUGCGCAUGAAUGGAGAGAAAGUUGGGAAAAGGUUGAUUUGAUCAGGGAUGCAAUGAAGAAAUACCCAAAUGCGGAAUGGUUCUGGUGGUUGGACUUGAAUACCUUCAUAAUGGAAUACUCCUACUCCCUCGAAAACCACCUCUUCAAACACCUUGCCGACUACACCUACCGCGACAUCAACUACUACAACCCUCUAAACAUCACUCACCCUCUGACCGACAUCUAUCUCGACCCCAUCUCCCGAUCACCGACCGGCGACCAAGACCCCUCUUCGAUUAACCUCAUCCUCCCCCAAGACUGCGGCGGCUUCAAUCUCGGCUCCUUCUUCAUCCGCCGCUCCGACUGGACCGACCGUUUGCUCGACGUCUGGUGGGACCCGGUCCUCUACGAACAAAAACACAUGCAAUGGGAACACAAAGAACAAGACAGCCUCGAAUACCUGUAUACAAACCAACCCUGGAUCCGAUCCAGCACCGCAUUUGUGCCUCAACGAAGAGUAAACUCCUUUCCGCCAGGUGCAUGCGGCGACGGCACAGAUCUGGGGGUUCAUUACCAGGAAAAACAUCGUGAUUUUUUGGUGAAUAUGGCGGGUUGUAGUUGGGGGAGGGAUUGUUGGGCAGAAAUAUACGGGUAUAGGGAAUUGAGUAAUUGGUUGAAUCGGACGUGGUGGGAGAAGUUGAAGGAUGGCAUUACGGAUUUUUGGAGGAGGUGGAGGGGUGUGAAGACGCUGCAUGAGGAACAUCAUGAAUGGGUUCAAUGA